AUGAAAAAAGCAAGAAAAAACAACAAGGGAAAUUCUAAUCGAUCAAAUGCUAGUAGUAAUACAUCAGGCAAUAGUGGAAAAAACAAAAAUACAAAUUGCUUACUAAGUAAUAGAACGUUUUCGGAUCUUCCGAAGGAAAUUAUUCAGCAUAUAUUUAAUUUUCAAGCCUAUUUGGAAAUUAAAAUUGUUGAAUCCUAUGCUAUGGGAGUGAAGAAAAAAUUGGGAUGUAUUAAAUUGGAUGGACAUUCAAAGAAAUUGAUACUUUCUCGCUUUGAUACAUCAAAAGUUGCUAAUAUUUCGGAACUAAUUUUUAAUCAAGUCUUCGGAAAAUGCAAAUAUUAUCAAUAUAGUUCUACAUUGUAUGAUUGCAACUAUCCAAUAACAAAUAGAUUGGUCAUGUUGUAUCCGAAUGUUAAAGUUUGUACAGUAGAACUUGAAAAUUGUGUGGAUGAUUUUUACUUUCAAUACUUCUUUAGAAAGAGGUUGGUGGAUGAUCUUUUCUUGAGAGUAGCCUUUACUAAACUACACAAGGUGGUCUUCUCAAAUGGAUAUAAGAAGGAAAAGUUUUGUGGAGGAUCUACACUCUGUACACUAAGAUUCAUUAGAGAAUUACUAAUGAAAAGACUCUAUGAUCCUUGUGGAAGAGAGCAACUGAUUUCAAUUGAUAUGCAAAAAAUAGUGUUAAGAGAAAAUAAUUUAGAAAUACUACUGCAAAUGUGGGAAGCAUUUACAUCUCACGAAAUUGUUGUUAGUGAAUCUUUGAAAGAGGGAUUUUUGUCUAGGUUUGAAACAAGAGAAUAUGAUGGUGGUAAAUUUCUUGACUCUAGGAAAGCAGUUAUUGAAGAUAAGGAGAAUGUUGAACUAUUCACACUAACACAAUAUUUAGAACAUUUACAAAAUACUAUUAUUGAAAUUAUGUUUAAGGAUGGAGAUAAGGAAGUUUUUAAUGCUGGAGAAAAGGUUGACACAAAUACCUUUUUAGAAAAACUACCAGAGAUUAGACAAACUAAGUUUAAUUUAUUCAAUACUAUGAAAAGUAAUCAUCUUGCCCAAACUUUCAGAUCACUCAUUAAUUCCUUAGGAUAUUUCGAGAAGAGAGUUCCAAAUGUUCCACAAAAUCCAUUAAGAAGAGAAAGGAUUUUCCAAUUCUUUUCAUAUUUUAAUUAUUUGAAAAAGCUAACUUUUGUAGUUGACAGCCCAACCGAGUGUUUAGAAGAGACUAUGAAGUUGAUCAAAAAAUAUUUACCCAAUUUAAAGCACAUGGACAUUAGAGGAGGUUUUCACUCUCCUGCCUCUCUGGCCAUGUUAUUACGUGAUUUCCCAAGUUUGAGAUCAGUUGUAAUUUAUUUGACCAUCAGAGCAUAUCCAAAAGUAAUACCUGGAAAUGAUUCUUCUGGUAAUGCUUACAUUUACAGUCCUUCUGUAGGUGUUGGUGUUCCAUACCUUAAUGAUUUGAAUAGUUCAGUCAAAUAUGUUAGAGUUCAACCAAAUCCAUCUUCCACUCUUUCAAUAGCAUUUGAUAGAGAAACAUUUUUAAAGCAAAUUGUUAACAAGAAAAUACAAUCUCUCAAGGGUGAUUUCAUGCUGGCUGGAGGUGCAGAAAAACUACUUCCAAUUUCAUCCCUUGGCAAACUAGUUUUAUAUAAGGCUAAUUACAAUGUAUUCGAAAGAUUUGACUUUUUAAAGGUAUUGUCACAAACUAAGAGUUUAAGAGUUCUCUAUAUUCAUGAAUCCUUAUUGAACUGGAGACCAAAGGGUUACAAGCCAACUGUAGAAUUUUUCCAGAAGGAAAGUAUGGAAUAUGCCAGAGAUUUGAACGCUUGGAAGAUGAAAUUCAAAAUUUAUUGCAAGAAGGAAAAGACUCCUCUAAAGAAAUUAUUAUCAGAAUGUAAGAAUAUAACCAAGGUCAAGGUUUAUUAUAGAUCCAUCAAGGCAUUCAGUGAUUCCACAAAUACAGCCAAAGAAAUUCUAGUUGAAUUGGAAAACCAAAUGGCUAAAAUGUACAUGGAAUAUAUAGGUCAAAGGUUCAAACAUUUGGAAAGAUUUUCUAUGGUUCCUGUUUUGGAAUAA